AUGGUCUCCUUCGUGCCCAUUGCCCACAUUGUGGCAGCCGUCUUCUCCAUCAUCGAGCUCGGCCUUACUUCAUAUGUUGCCAGCGGCUACAAUGGCUACAACGGCUGGAGCGGUUGGUGGUCUCGCUCUCCCGAUAUUGUCAACUUCCUCAUCUUCAACUCCGUCUGGUCGCUGCUCGUUCUCGCCUACGUCGGCCUAACCCCUCUGUACAUGACCCGACUCUUCCACAAGCUCGUUUCCCUCGCGCUGCUUGUCAUUACCACCAUCUUCUGGUUCGCCGGCGCCAUCGCCCUGGCUGUCUUUGUCGGAGCUCCUCACUGCGGCGCCAACACGUACUGCGGCUCCGCCCAGGCUGCUGUCGCCUUUGCCUUCUUCAUCUGGGCCAUCUUCAUGUUCCUCACUGUUCUCGACACUCUCGAGGCCAUGCGCUCGCGCGGGCAUGCCACCAAGCACAACCACGCCUACCCCGGUGCUUAA